AUGCGCGAAGGUGACGCGAAGGUUGUGCGACCACAGAGAAAGCUGCUUGCACGUGUGCGGGUUCGGGGGAGGAUCUCACGCGGCAACCACUUCCGAAAACCACCGAGUCGUGCAGAAGAGAGACCAUCACUCUCCAUGGGGAGGAAUCUCAAGGGCAAGGCGGCCAAGGCGGGAGCGGGCUCGCAACAGAAGCGCCGCAAGAAGUCCGGGUUGGGCGCGGGUGGCAGCAGCCCGGCGCUGUCGGCCACAUCGUCCUCUGGCGGCACGUCCACGCCCGGACACCGCGAAUGCGAUCAGUGCGGCAACAAUAUGCUGCUCGAGGGAGUGGCGAAGGCCUGGCCCGUUGGAAAGAAGAGCGUGGCAUCUACGGGGUGCCAGAUCUGCGACUUUGUGGCCUUCCGGCGCUCCCAGCGGCCUUGUGUGGAGUGUGCGCGCACUGGGUGCGACCAUUUCUGCGAGUGGUGCGGCAAAGGCUUCCACGUAAAGUGCGCCAAGCUGCGGAACGAAGAUGUGGGCAACCCGAAUGGGUUCUGCUGUCAUAAAUGCGAGUCUGAGCAGAGUGAAGGCCACGACACUGACGAGGAGGAGACUAAAGGGGAGGAGAACGACGAAGACGUCGGCUCGCGAUGCGGAAGCUGUCGACUACCUUUCUCCACGACCGGUAAAGACCCUGAGGACGUCAAGGUCGCGACGGGCUUCAAAGUGAACCAGGCGGUACUUGUGGACAAUGAUGAGGUGCUGUACAAUGCGCUUAUCACCGAGGUGGACACUACGGGCGAGCGUAUUAAGAUCCACUUCACGCGAUGGAGUAAGUCGUUUGAUGAUUGGUACGCGAUGGAUGACGAGCACAUUAACGAGAGUCUCGCCUGCGAUUGCUGCAACCAGUGGUUCCAUAUCGGCUGCUUACCGCCCAUUAAGAGCUCUGGUAGGUGGAAAGACUCGACGUAUGUAUGUCCGCGAUGUAUUGACGACGCGCGCGCAUUCCACAACGGCAAUCGGUCGGUGCUGAAGGCGAAGGCAGCGUAUAUCUCGACGAGCAACGCGAUUGCGAAGGCUUCGAAGAGAGUAACGUCGCCUAAGGAGAGCGAAACGGCGACAGUGGCGGUUGCGAAGACUAAGAAGCCCAGUAAAGCGGUUGUGGUUAUCGACGACGAUGAUGAAGACAUGGAGGAGGAGGAGAAGAGCGUCGAAAAUGCGAAGGAAGAAGUCGAAGAAGACGUCAGCAUCGCAAAGGCGCCGCAUAAGAGAAAGCGAAAAAUGUCGGAAGCUGCGGAUUCUCCAGUGAAUGCGCAGGCGAAUGAACAGUCCGCAACUAGCGCUGCGAAUACUUCUCCAGCGAAGGCCUUAACGACUGCCUCUUCCCCGUCAAGAGCCUCUUCGGCGACGACAGAGGCUAAAGGUAAUGCUGAAGGCAAAGCGAAUGCAUUAAAGACGCCGGCGGUUGACGCGAAUGCUGCUGCGUGUGCGAAUGCGGCGACCAUGAUGCAUGCGUCUCCAGAACACACGAUCAAGGUGGCGACUGAGGCGCACAGCUCUCCGUCCAAGGCUGCAACGGCUAAGAUCGGCGCAAGCAACAAGUCUGGUGUAAGCGAAGCCAAGUUGGACAAGCAAAUUAAGACGCAGACGCUAAAAACCGAGUCGGCUACGGACCAUUCGAGUCGACAGUCGUCGAGUAAUACCGUCAUGUCGUUGUUGAACAGUCCUCCAACAAAUGAGACACCUGUGAAAGGUUUCAAGCCGACAGUGGCGUCUCUGCCCAUGCUGAACCCAGCAACAAACCGCAACAACACAACCGCCUCAUCAUCCAAACCAUCGAUGGCAACGCCCGCGAGCUUCCAAGUGUACGUCAAGAUGGAACAGAAGAGCGGUCGGUUUCCGUUAUAUCCCCGUCCAAUGCCGAAUGUUAAAUCCGUCCAAUCUGUACGGAAGGAGGUACCAGCUCCACCUAUAAAAGCGAAGGUGCCGGUGGUCCGAAAGACGAAGCAGACUCAAGCUGGAGGCCGCGGUCUCAGCGCGUUCGACAUUCUACGUGAAGUAGCAUCACAAGAGAUCGAUGAAAGUGCUGUAUCAGUAAAGCCGAAGCGCGAGAAGCGUCCCACAGCAAGUCGUGGUAGUAGUACCAGUGUCAAACGUGUGAAGAUGGAUGUGUCGACGUGUACAUCGAACUCCAAUGCUACUUCAUCAGCUGGAGUUGCCGCUCAUCCGGACACGAACCAGUCACCGCAGACUCGUGAGCGAAUCCAGAUGAACUCGUUCGUGGACCUGCACUUCAGUAUCCGCAAGGAAAUGUACCUGCGCUUUUGUCGGUUAGAAGAGGAAGGAAUGUUGACACGCGACUCGGCGCAUUUACUUCGUUCACUGAUUUACCCGACGUCGGAGCGAUUCCAAGACCUCAAGUUUGUAUACCUGGUGAACAAGGACUUGCCAUCGGUACAGCUCACUAAACGGCUAUUGGAAGCAGUGCCGUACCCUCCAGCCGCAGCGAAACCAAUUGCAACCACGGUGCCUCAUGCUCCUCCUGCUGCGAUUCGGUCUCCCAUUGCCGGUAAGGGUCUUACGGGCCUUCCCAUGUCGAUGGGGAUGUUUUCUGCUGGUUUAAACCGCAAUUCUCCUGCGGGAACGUCACGUAUAGGGAUGUUGCCACCGCCACCUGGCGGCUCUGCACUGUUGAGACCUGAGCCUCCGCGACCAGAUGAAUCCUCACGACUUGCGUCUGGAAGCGCCAGUGUAUCACAACCUCAGUCGCAGCCGCAGCCUCCGCGAACAAGUACUGCUCCUGUCGCUGCGCCUGUCACCACUGCCAAGCGACCUGAAAUGCUCAUCGUGGAGCAGCUUGCGCCGACCCGCCACCCCGUAACUAGCCAGCCACAGCCGCAACAACAACAGCAGCGACUAUUGAAUUCAAGGUAA